UAUUUUGAUAGACCUACAUAGAUUAAAUCAGUUUGUCAACAACCCCUUUCAUCUUUAAUGGCAUUAACGAACUGCUAGUCUAGAUUCAGAUCAGACUCUUAUUUUCUAAAAUGAGAGUCUAGAUCGUCUCUCAAGACUUUAGAUCUACAACUAAAUUGACUAGGCGUCACUUGGUCUAGAUUAGAUCUAUCAAUUAUCAUAGCAUCAGCAAAACAUGGACGUGAAGCAAGUUCUGUAUAGUUGGUGUGGUAAAAAUAAAGUUGGAACUCCAAAUUAUGAGUUUUCAGUGGGCGGUCCAAAACACAGACAGCGAUUUAAAUGUGAGGUGCGCCUGGAAAAUUUUGACUAUGUUGGAGUCGGAAAUUCUACAAACAAAAAAGAUUCUCAAGCCAAUGCUGCAAAAGACUUCAUUCAGUAUUUAGUACGAAUUGGUAAAAUAAAAACAGAUGAAGUACCGCCUAAUUUAUUAGGUGCAGCCAUACUUGAGCAAACAUUAGAGCAAGAUCAAAUAGAUGGUGAUUCAAAGGACAAGUGUGGCUCUAGUGGCAUCCUGCCUGGUGGCACUUUGGCACCUCAUUUGAGAUUACAAGCUGAUGGUAUUGGACAAGAAGUUGGUGCACCCAGAGAAUUCCCACCAUACCAGAGGGGCCCACCCCUAGCAUACAUGGAUAGAAUUGCAGAGAAGAGAAAACUAGAAGAAUCUGAGGACUGUGACUUCAAUGCGGAAAUUCAUGGCAACUGGACUAUGGAGAAUGCUAAGUCUAGACUACACCAGUUCCUGCAAAUGCAUAAAAUCAAAGCUGACUAUAAGUAUCAUGUGAUGGGACCAGACCACAAUAGGAGCUUUGCUGCUGAAAUGUCUUUUUUUGUGAAGCAAAUUGGGCUGAAACUCCAUGCCAGAGAGACUGGUUCUAACAAACAAGUGGCCUCAAAGUCCUGUGCCCUGUCUCUGGUCAGACAGUUGUACCACAUGAAAGUGAUUGAGCCCAAUACUGGCCAGAAGAAGAAGAAAGGCACAGAGAAGCUACCACCUUAUGAAGUCAAUAUUGGAGAAGAACUGGAAAUGAAAAUUGAUCAAUGUCUAAAACAAUGGGGAGUAGAGCCAGUGACCUAUUUUGAGCCUACUGAACAGAACAGCUCAAAUGAAGGGGAGCCGGAGGCACCCUCACCUGUGACACUCAUCAAUCAUCCUAGCUUGGAAGAGUUUGACCCAGCGCCAGCUAAAAACACACCUGGUGUAGUAUCCUGGUCUCCUCCUCAACCUAAUUGGAAUCCUUGGAGUAAUUGUAACAUAGAUGAAGGUCCUUUGGCUUCAGCCAGUCUAGAUCAGAUCAGUAAGGAUUUGAAAAUGGCUUUACAGAUACAGUAUGCUGAAGAUGAAAACCUAAAGAAAAUGCUGGAAAGUCGGGCCCAAUUGCCAGUUCAUUCAGCUUGUGAAACCAUUCUGUUUGAGGUGAACAGAAGUCCUGUCACAUUGAUCCGUGGAGAAACUGGAUGUGGUAAAACAACACAGGUUCCACAAUUUCUGUUGGAUCAGAUGAUCAAUGCAGGUCUUGGCGCCAAUUGCAAUAUAAUUGUCACACAGCCCAGACGUAUCAGUGCAGUAUCCAUAGCUGAGCGUGUUGCAGCCGAGAGAUCAGAGUGCCUUGGUAACUCUGUAGGCUACAGUGUUAGGUUUGAGUCUGUAAUGCCUAGAGCCUAUGGCAGUAUACUCUACUGCACUGUUGGAACAUUGUUACGACGCUUAGAAGGAGGUCUUAGGGGCGUGUCACAUGUCAUAGUUGACGAGAUUCAUGAAAGGGACAUAAAUACUGACUUCCUGCUGGUGUUACUGCGUGAUAUGGUCAGAGUGUACAAGGAACUCAGAAUUAUUCUGAUGUCUGCAACAGUUGACACAACUCUCUUCACUGAUUACUUUGGGGAUGUGGCCAUUGUGGAGGUAUAUGGCAGGACAUACCCUGUACAAGAGUACUAUUUGGAAGACAUCAUUGAGAUGUUAAACUUCAGACCACCCCCUGAAGAUAAACGAAAGAAACACGAGGAUGAUGAUGAUGGAGGAGAAGGAGAUGAUGAAAAUUGCAAUAAAAUUAUAGCACCUGGCUAUGCUGAAUCUACAAAGAUAGCCAUGUCUCAGUUGUCAGAAAAAGAAAUUCCAUUUGAACUUGUUGAGACUCUGUUGAGAUAUAUAAAAGGACUGGGAGUUCCAGGAGCAGUUUUAUUUUUCUUGCCAGGAUGGAAUCUCAUUUUCAUGCUUCAUAAACAUCUGGAACAAAGCCCAGAGUUUGGGAGUUCAAGGUAUAGGAUUUUACCUUUGCACUCUUCCAUUCCACGUGAAGAUCAGAGACGUGUCUUUGAGCCUGUUCCUCCUGGUGUCACUAAGAUCAUUUUGUCAACCAACAUAUCAGAAACUAGUGUUACCAUUGAUGAUGUUGUAUACGUAAUAGACUCUUGCAAAGUUAAGAUGAAGCUGUUUACAUCCCAUAACAACAUGACCAAUUACGCCACUGUGUGGGCCAGCAAAACCAACUUAGAGCAGAGACGAGGUCGUGCAGGCCGUGUCAGAGCUGGUUUUGCUUUCCAUUUAUGUAGCAAGGCUAGAUUUGAAAAGCUAGAGCAGCAUGCUACUCCAGAAAUCUUCCGCACCCCACUACAUGAAUUGGCUCUGUCUAUAAAACUUCUCAGGCUUGGACCCAUUGGUAUGUUCUUGGCUAAAGCUGUUGAACCCCCUCCCAUUGAUGCAGUCAUCGAGGCUGAGGUCAUGCUAAGAGCUAUGAGAGCUCUAGAUGCUAAUGAUGAGCUUACACCUUUGGGAAGACUGUUGGCCAAAAUGCCCAUAGAGCCAAGACUUGGGAAAAUGAUUAUCUAUGGAUGCAUUUUUUAUGUUGGGGAUGCCAUGUGUGUCAUUGCAGCAAGUACCACAUUCCCUGAGCCUUUCAUCGUCCCAACUGACCGUCGAAGACUGGGCUGGAUGCACAAAAAUUUGGCAGGGAACAGGGCCAGUGAUCAUGUGGCAUUGUUGAACGCCUUCCAGAUGUGGGAAGAUGCUAGGUCAGGUGGAGAGCGGGAUGAAAUCAGUUUCUGUGAGAAUAAAUUGUUGAACAUGCAGACGCUGCGCAUGACCUGGGAGGCUAAAAACCAGCUGCGAGAUAUUUUGAUCAAUGGUGGCUUUCCUGAAGAGUGUUUACUGCCUCAAAGCUUUAACUUCACUGGCCCGGACAAUAAACUGGACAUUGCCAUCACUCUUCUUUGUCUGGGACUGUAUCCUAAUGUUUGCUACCACAAAGAGAAACGUAAAGUCUUGACCCAAGAGUUCAAACCUGCUCUAGUUCACAAGUCAUCUGUUAACUGCAGUAAUUUUACCAUUGAGUUCCCAUCUCCAUUCUUUAUAUUUGGUGAAAAGAUACGUACACGGGCAGUAUCCUGCAAACAGAUGACAAACAUCUCACCUGUCCAGCUGCUGCUGUUUGGUCCUAGGUCUGUGUGUCGGCAAGGAGAGGAGGUCAUUAUGGAUGGCUGGCUGAACUUAAAGAUGGAGUUUCUACAGGCAGCUAAAGUUGUCGCACUCAGGCCCCCACUUGAAGCCCUUAUUGUCAGGGCCACUAAAAAUCCAGAAGGUGUGGCCACACCUGGUCCUCAAGAGGAGACUCUGAUGGCUCUUGUUCGAGCAUUGUCUAGGCCACAGGCAGGGCGUCAUGGUCUUGAACAGAAAGGAGUAAGUCCCUAUAGAAACAACCCUCCACCAAAGAUGGCUCGAUCUGAUGGUUUCAGAGGAGGAAGGCUUGGAGGGUAUGGCUCCGGCUUUGGUGCAGGCUCUACUGGAUUUGGUGCUGGAAGAGCUGGUGGUGGAUAUGGGAGUGGAUUAGGGCGUGGCUAUGGUGGUGGAUUUGGUGGAAGAGAUGGGGGUGGAUUUGGUGGAAGAGAUGGGGGUGGAUUUGCUGAGAGAUCUGGUAGUGGAUUUGGAGGUGGCUAUGGUGGUGGAUUUGGUGGAAGAGAUAGGGGUGGCUUUGGUGGAAGAGAUGGGGGUGGAUUUGCUGAGAGAUCUGGCAGUGGAUAUGGUGGAGGAUUUGGAAGUGGAGCUGGUGUUGACAGAAGUGGUGGUGGAUAUGGUGGAGAAUCUGAUGAUGGAUAUGGAGGUGGGUAUGGUGGAGCCUCCGGAGGUGGGUAUGGUGGAGCUUCUGGAGGUGGAUAUAGUGUUGCAUCUGGAGGUGGAUAUGGUGGAUCCUCUGGAGGUGGAUUUGGUGGAAGUUUAGUCCAAGGAGGUAGAGGAGGAUAUGGUGGUGGCAACUAUGGAAGAUUCAACACUGGUGGGGGGGACAGUUUCAAUAGUAAAGGAAGUUUUGGAGGAAGGUUGAGUGAUGGGUUUGAUAGUGGUUACAAUUACGACAGACAGAAUUCGGGGUUCGGAACUGAAGGAAUAGGAGGAUUUGGGGACGAGAGUAACUGGAGGGGGCCAUCUUCUCUAACUGGUGGCAAUGGAAAUGCAGGGGCCUAUUCUCAGUACAGGGGUGGGGAUUAUGGUGGAGGGUAUUAAUUGUUAAGGCUUAUGUUGAGAGGACACUGCUUCAAGUCAAAUCUGUUAGCACAACACUGUUGAGAUAGAAUGACAAGAUUGUCUCUUGUGUCAGUAAUACAUAAUAUGUCUAGACUAUCAGUAUGUUACAGUAGAUCUUGAUGUUGUAUUUUUCUUAGCUUAUAUGUUGUUCCAUAAUAUAUAUGUAAUUUUACUUUUUUCAUCUUGUUGCCUCAUGAAGUUCAUCGGUCAAAUUGUAUCAGAAUGUUAUGCUUUGAACAGACACAACUGUUUUUUGUGCAAGUCAUGUUUGCACCAUUAGUUAUUUCCUCUUGAGCUUUUAAAAAAUUAAUAUCUUAAAAUUUUAUUUUAUUUUUAACAAAUAUUUAUUUCAUUGUUUGACUGUUAUUAAACAAAAAUAUUUUCCAUUAAA